AUGACCGCCAUUGGCCGAUCUGAAGUGAUCGAAGCUUGCAAGGCGAUAGUGAUCCUUGGUCGUGGGAUGGAAGCGGAGAAAGGUGGGUAUGCUGUCAUCCGAGACAAGAACUUCUACUACGCACCAGAAAGCCAAGUGCCCAUCGAAAGAGAUUCAUUUUGGGCGUCGGCUAGGCAGCUGGACCACGCAUCCAUGAUAGAUCACUAAACGAUAGGACUUCUAGGCGAAUGCCACGAGCUCUAUAG